AUUUUCGAUUUUUUCUUUCACACGCGGCAUUCCCCUAAAGAAGGUUAAGUUUUUCUUUUACCACUGGGGAUUUUGUUUAAAAUAAAAGAAUUAAUAAGUGUGAGCCAUGUUUGUGCUCUACGAAACGCCUGCGGGCUACGCCAUUUUCAAACUGCUCGAUGAAAAGAAGCUGGAACAGGUGGACAAUUUGUAUUUAGAGUUUCAGACUCCAGAAAAGGCAAACAAGUUGCUGAAGUUAAAGCAUUUUGAAAAAUUCAAUGAUACUACAGAGGCUCUGGCGGCAGCCACAGCAGCGGUAGAAGGAAAAGUGGCAAAGCCCCUUAAGAAGACACUGAAGAAACUGCUUGUUGAUGAAGUCCAAUCAUCGCUGUUGGUGGCCGAUGCCAAACUGGGUACAGCCAUCAAGGAGAAGCUAUCAGUGCAGUGUGUAUACAACACCGGAGUUCAGGAGCUGAUGCGAUGCAUUCGCCAGCAAGCGGAUAGUUUACUUGGAGGACUGCCAAAGAGGGAAAUGACAGCUAUGGCCUUGGGUCUGGCACAUUCUCUCUCACGGUACAAGUUGAAGUUCUCACCCGAUAAAAUCGACACGAUGAUUGUUCAGGCCCAAUGUCUCCUCGAUGACCUGGACAAAGAGCUGAAUAACUAUAUGAUGCGAGCCCGAGAAUGGUAUGGCUGGCAUUUCCCCGAGCUGGGCAAGAUUAUUACCGAUAAUAUUGCAUUUGUGAAAACCAUUAAACUGGUUGGCACACGUGAUCUAAUGUCCAAAUCAGAUUUAUCUGACAUUCUGCCCGAAGACGUUGAGGAGAAAGUCAAAGAGGCUGCCGAAAUAUCCAUGGGUACAGAAAUCUCCGAGGAAGAUGUCUUAAAUAUUCAGUGUUUAUGUGAUGAAAUUAUUUCGAUCAAUGAUUAUCGCACACAUUUAUAUGAUUACCUUAAGGCCCGCAUGAUGGCCAUGGCUCCGAACUUGACCGUACUUGUGGGUGACACAGUGGGUGCUCGUCUCAUUGCCCAUGCCGGUUCGCUUAUUAAUCUGGCUAAGCAUCCCUCUUCAACGGUGCAAAUCCUUGGAGCAGAAAAGGCACUCUUCCGAGCCCUCAAAACCAAGAAGGACACACCAAAAUAUGGUUUGAUCUAUCAUGCCCAGCUGGUGGGUCAGGCGAGUCAGAAAAACAAGGGCAAAAUAUCUCGUUCAUUGGCUGCAAAGGCCUCCUUAGCCACACGUGUUGAUGCCUUUGGCGAGGAAGCCACCUUUGAACUAGGUGCCGCGCACAAGGUGAAAUUGGAAUCGCGCCUUCGCUUGCUGGAGGAGGGUAACCUGAGGAAACUGUCUGGCACAGGAAAGGCUAAAGCUAAAUUUGAAAAAUAUCAGGCCAAGAGUGAGGUGUUUACAUACCAACCAGAAGUGGAUAACACUUUAAAUGUUAAGAAACGCAAACACUCCGAAGCGGAACCCGAAACACCUGUCAAGAAGGAGCCAGUUGAUGAGUCGCAAGCCGAUGAAUCCUUGCUUAAGUCUGACAAGAAGAAGAAAAAGAAGAAGAACAAGGAUAAGGAUGAGGAAGCACCUGUUGAGCCUAAAGCUGAAAUAAAGGAAGAGGAAGAAGCUGCCCCUCAGCCAUCCAAGAAAAAGAAAAAGUCAAAGCAACAACAAGAGUAGAAGAGAAUUUUUUAUACUCUUCCUCCUCCUGCAUCCUUUAGUUUAUUAAGGUUUUUUAUUAUUAACUUACUUAGUUUGUAUAGCUAGCCCCCCCACCCUGAUAAGCAAAAAGAGUUUAUUUUUGUGUUGUACAUUAGAAAUAAAAUGUAAUAUCCCAUA